GAUUCGCUAAUGAUCUGGAAAACCACAUGAACGCAGCCGAGGUGGAUCUUCAAACGGUAAACGUAGUUUGGGAGACGAUGCAACAGAAAGAGGAAGCAUUGGAGACAGCUGAUAAUCUUAUCCUGCAGAAAAUCUGCUGACUGAAAUGGACACCGUCGACGAGUGUCGUAAGAGGUUCACCAAGUUGAGGUUGAUGUGUGAAGGCGCGCUCGAUAGAGGUCACUAGAUGCAGUUAGUCAAGGAGAUUAGAAACUUUUUUCCAGCGUCGCUGAUCUGGCGAGGAAUCCGUCGGGCGUAAGAAACAGAGCUACUGCUGCAGAAAGGGAGGUAUUCCUCAUUUAGCUGCUGCAAAUAUCUUCUUUCCCAUUCCAUACGGUGCUGACGUGGUAUCACACCCACUCACUGCGUGGAGGAAAAGUACCUUCUUCGGGGAAAAGGAUUAGGAGCUUGGCGAGUGGAGGGCGCUGCAUUUUAGAGCUCGACGUACUCGAACGCAAAGGAUAUCCGGGAAACACACACAGAAACAGAAUUCGCACAAAAAAAGUCGCGCUAGGUAACUUACACCGAGGUUUAAAACAGAAAAAUUUCUCACUAUCGCAUGGCACCUUUAUCAAUUAUCUAUACAUUUCACCUCAAAUCACUUAUAGAUAGUAAACAGGUGCACUAAACUAGAACGUCAUAAAACUACAGGUUUAAUAGGCGUACCGAUUAAAUUAUAGACUAUCGUAACUGCGCAGUUUCGCUUGUGAAUAAGUACAAUGUGGGCGAUAGUUCUGCUUGGUGUCCUAACGUUUCUAAUAUAUCGCCAUUUUAAAAAGUCACUGAACUACUGGGAGGAAAAAAAUGUUCAGCAUGAUAGACCGCUUCCGAUUUUUGGGAAUAUGUUACCCAAUUUGUUGGGAAAAAUUUCAAACGCCGAGUUGAUCCAACAACUUUACAAUAAAUAUUCAAGUGGAAGAUACUUUGGCCUUUACAACUUGGGUAGUACUUCAUUAGUGAUAAGAGAUCCGGAGCUGAUAAAGAAGAUCGCGGUGAAAGAAUUUGAGACCUUUCCGGAACAUAAACCCUUUAUUCCAAGUGACGUUGAUCCACUAUGGAGUAACAACCUGUUUGCAAUGGAAGGUGGAGAAAAAUGGCACCAGCUGCGGUCUACUUUAAGUCCGUCGUUCACCAGCAGCAAAAUGAAGGCUAUGUUCGUGUUGAUGAAAGAAUGUACUAAGGAAUUUAUAAAUUACUUUGAAAGCAAAGGCGAUAGCGUGGAUGUUGAACUGAAGGGCGCGUUUGCAAGAUUUGGAAUCGAUGUUAUUGCCACCACUGCUUUUGGCGUGACCUGUAACUCCUUGUCUGAUCCAAAAAACGAAUUUUAUGUCCUAGGCAAGGAAUUGAUGAACUUUAAGGGACUGAGAAGGAUCAUUUUGAUGUUAAAUUUAUUAUGUCCCCCUAUAGCCAGGAUUACCAGAGUAUCAUUUUUCCCGGAAAAAAUCAAGAAGUUCUUUGGGUCGCUUGUCAAAGAAACUCUACAGUUGAGAAGAGAAAGAAAAGUUGUUCGUCCGGAUAUGAUUCAUUUGCUAAUGGAGUAUCAAAAAGGAAAUCUAGCUCAGGAGGAGGAUGCGCAUAGCACCCCCGAAGCUGGGUUUGCUGUAGUUGAAGAAUCCGUAUUUGGGAAAACAAAACAGAAGUUGAAGUUUGAGGUAACAGACGAUAUUAUCACCUCGCAGGUGAUGAUAUUCUUUCUUGCUGGACUUGAUACGGUGUCUACAAUGAUGAGCUACACUAUUUACGAAUUAGCCCUUAACCCAGACAGUCAAAACAGACUGCGGGCGGAAAUAGAGGACGCGUUAAGGUUUUCAGAUGGUAAACUAACGUACGAUAAUUUAAUGGGAAUGAAAUAUCUGGACAUGGUCAUCUCGGAGUCGAUGAGAAAAUGGCCACCGUUCGUGUUAAUCGACAGAAGAUCCGUUCGACCUUACACAAUCGAACCAGAAGGUCCGACAGAGACACCAGUGUUUCUUGAGAAGCAUUCCCAAGUCAUAUACCCGAUCUUUGCCAUACACAGGGACCCUAAGUAUUACCCUAAUCCCGAUAAAUUUGAUCCAGAAAGGUUCAACGAUGAAAAUCGCUCCAGUAUACAACCGUACACAUACCUUCCGUUCGGAGCUGGACCUCGAAAUUGCAUCGGAUCACGAUUCGCACUGCAGGAGGGGAAAUUAAUUAUCGCUGAAAUCGUAAGGAAUUUCGAUAUAGUUCGUGUGAAAAAGACUCAGGUGCCGAUCGUUAUGAGUAAAACUAAUUUCAAUCCAGUGCCUGACGAAGGAAUUUGGGUGGGUUUCAGGCGUAGGAAAGAAGGUUCAAUAUUAGAAAAGUAGAUGUAUAAAUUUAUCUGACAGAUAACGACUCUAUUGCUAUGCCUGUGAAACAAAUGUAGUUGAAAUAUAUUCAUUGGUUCCUUUC